UAGGAGCUUAGUAGGCUAAUGUCUAAUUAAAAUAUCUGAUGCUGUUUUACCUUAAACCUGCUAAUAGAAGCAUGCAGUUAAGUGUCUUUGUGCUUGUUCUGUUUUGUUUGUGUUUGUCUGUAUAUGGAAACAACAAACACGAUGGUAGUAUCAAGCAUGAUGAUCCAAUGUUGAACACUGAGACACCAAACUACAAAGAAUAUUGUGUUAUUGGUGCUGGACCUGGUGGACUUCAAAUCGCUUAUUUCCUUGAGAAUGCUGGCAGAGAUUACAUUGUCUUUGAAAAAGGCUAUGGAGCUGGUACAUUCUACUUGAAGUAUCCAAUCCACAGAUUACUAAUCAGCAUCAACAAGAGAAACACCGGUAAAACAAACAAAGAGUUUAACUUUAGACACGAUUGGAAUUCACUUGUCAGUCAUGAUGAAUCGUUGCAGAUGACCAAAUACUCAAAGGACUUCUUUCCACCAGCAGAUGUACUUGUACAAUACUUGAACGAUUAUGCCACGAAACUGAACCUGAAAGUUCAAUACAACUCAACCAUGCAUGAUAUCUUGAAACGAAAAGAUGGUUUAUUCCAAAUGUGGGAUCAACAUAACAACGCAUAUACUUGUAAAUACGUCAUUAUGGCAACUGGCAUAGCUACUCCCAAUAAACCAGAAUUUCCAGGCAGUGAAUUGGUUGAUGGUUAUGAAGAUCUUCCAAUUGAUUUGGAUGAAUAUGAAGGACAGAGUGUUCUUAUUAUCGGGAGAGGGAAUGCUGGUCAUGAGACUGCUCAGCAUAUCAUGGGUUCAACCAAUGUCGUUCAUAUGAUCGCUCGUACUGCAACAAAGUUAGCUUGGGCCACUCAUUAUGUUGGCGAUCUACGAGCGGUAAAUAACGGGUUGUUGGAUACUUAUCAAUUAAAAUCUUUGGAUGGUUUAUUUGAGGCUAAAAUUGAGGAUCUUAAUAUUACUCGAAGCAGUUUGGAUGGAAGAUUAUAUUUAGUUCCAGAUGUUGAUGUCUCUCCUGGGGGCUCCAUUGUUUCUGAGGCGGACAAUGAUGCAACAAGGGAAGGUUAUGACAGAAUAAUUCGAUGUGUUGGCUUUCAAUUUGAUAAUUCUGUUUUCCAUUCAUCACUGAACGUAGAGCGUGGUGUUGGAACCAGGAAAAAAUACCCAAAAAUCAGUUUCUUGUAUGAGGCACUUGAUGUCAAGAAGCUCUACUUUGCAGGUACAAACACACACAGCUUGGAUUGGCGUAAAUCAGCUGGUGGGUUCAUCCAUGGCUACAGAUACACAGUACGUACUUUACAUCGGAUCAUGGAAUGGAAACACCAUGGGGUUCAAUGGCCGGCUGUCAAAUUCUCAAACCCACUUGAUCUAAUGACUCAUAUGUUUAAACGAAUAAACGAGGCUUCUGAUAUCUACCAGAUGUUUUCCGUUCUUUGCGAAGUUAUCAUUUUCGAUGAAAACAAUUUCUCAUCUACCUACCUAGAAGCGUACCCGUGUGCUUUGAUCAGUCGUCUUGAAAAAGUCUCUGGCCAUCCUGUCCCUGACUCCAUCAUGGUCACUAGUUUAGAGUAUGGGAAAAAUUUCUCCGGGGCAGGAAAAGAUCCUUUCAAGUCUGGGCGUGCCGCUUAUGGGGCAAGCGUGUCUCACCGCUCUAAUUUCCUGCACCCAGUCUUGUAUUACUAUAAGGAAAAAUAUAACGACACAGCGUUUAUCUCGAAGCAUAGACAAUGGGUGCUUCCAGUUCCUGACAGAGUUCAUCACAUCCUAGAAGAGUUUACGACAAAAUUCGACGCGCAUAAAACCCAUACUCUACAAACGCGAAGAUUUAUGGAAGAAUCGCUUGGCGUUGAUCUUCGUAAUUUUUUCGCCGAUCAAUGCUUUGCGCUAUCACUUGUCUCUUCUUCCCUUCCUGCCGGGUGCAAGGACAGGAAUGAAUCUUCCACUCUUACAGUUGCAACAGAUCCCCUUACCGCUCAACUUGACAGAUCAUUUGAUAUAUUUACCCAACCGCUGGUUCAAACUCGUUUACUUUAGGUAUAUUGAUGUAGGGUAAGAUGGAUACCGUGAGAACCUAAAUCACAAAACUUCCGAAUUGUGUUUUCAACAUAGCAACGGUAUUUUAAAGUCAUGAAAAUAUGGGUUGUGUAAAUGUUUUAUUAAAGUUGUAUAAUAAAAGGUAAAAAAGCAUGUAUCAUCUUACCCUGCUCUACUGUAUUAUUUCUAGAGUGCUAAAAAUUUAUCAGGUGCCUUGCUUAUGUCUAUAACACAAAACAAAUAAAGGUACUGUAAUCAAUAACUAAAAAAGAGUUUAGAUCAUGACUUUAAUAUUAUUUAAUACAUGUAAUUUUGGAUCUAUGUAGUUUUUAAACUAAAUUUUAAACUUUCUUAUGAAAAAAAUUACCACCUUAACCUAUUGUGUGAGAUUUUACCAGAUACAACGUUUUUAAGAUGUAUGUGUGAUGUGACCUAUUUUUCAAUUUGCCAAAUGAUAUAUUCAUUGUGUUUUACUAUUUGUCUAUUUUCGUAUGCUGUAAUGAUGAUGUCACAAUAAGUAUUGUGAGUGAAUAAAAGAGAAGAGAAGUA